GGCGGAGACUGACAUCCCACCUCUGGAAUGCUGUGUGGAGUCUGCUGGAAGGAACAACCCGGACUCACCAAAUAGCCAGGCUCCACCUGUCUCAUGUCUCCUCACCUCUCCGCUUCAUCUUCAUCAUCUUUCUGGCUAAUGGUGUGUAUCCUGCUCAGUGUCGUCCUGCUGCUGUCCUCAGGGGUCCAUGGCCAAGGUCGUCUUAAGCUGACGGUCCUGUCUGAGGACAGACUGCAGAUGAAAUGGAAGGAGGCUGAUGGACCCGUUCAGGGCUACAAGGUCCGAGUGAGACCCAUCUCAGAGGUGCCACAGCCAGAGCUGAUGCUGACUACCACACGGGGUCGGGCAACAGUGGCGGGACUGGACUCCCGUCAGGAGUACGCCCUCCAGGUCCUUGUGCUAAAUGGGACAACGGAGAAACUUCUUGCAAAGAGACGAUUCACCAUGGAGAGUCUGUGGGAGGACGAAAUGGUCCGCAGCGGCAGCCGAGAGCAAAAGAAGAAGAUGUUGCCAGGUGGCUCAGGGUCAGGAGAUCUGGACGAUGUAACAGAGGCUCUGGUGGUCCUGCCAACAAUUCUGUAUCCAGACCCCACCACUGCUGCUGCUACCACUACAGAGCCUCCAGCUAUAGAAACACCUUCUCAGCUUCCUGAUGAGGCCCCAGAGAAACCCACCAAAGAGAAGAGGAGGAAGAAAACAGAAAAAGAGCGAGAUCGGUCUAAGAUGGAGAACAAGGAGGUGCAGGGGACGACCCAGGGAAAACAGGCCGAGGAGAAACCCCGGAAGUCACCACCUACACAGCCAGUUACAGGAGUGUCUCCAAGGAAACAAUUUCAGUGUGACAGCAGUGCAGCAGCAGACAUCAUGUUGCUUGUGGACGGCUCCUGGAGUAUCGGACGCACCAAUUUCAGGCGGGUCAGAGACUUCUUGGAGGGCCUUGUGACACCCUUCCACAUCGGACCGAAUCACAUUCAGAUUGGUCUAACCCAGUACAGUGGGGACCCCCGCACAGAAUGGCAUCUCAACAACUUCACCACUAAAGACCAGCUGCUGGAGGCAGUAAGGAACUUCCGCUAUAAGGGAGGAAACACAUUUACAGGCCAAGCACUGCUCCAUGUCAUGGAGGAGAACAUGAGACCUGAGGUAGGAGCAAGAUCAGAAGCACAAUUUUUCCUGGUCUUGUUGACUGAUGGGAAAUCUCAGGAUGAUGCCAUUUCUGCAGCAAGUCGGCUGAAGAAUGCUGGCGUGGAGAUCAUCGCUGUAGGUGUGAAGAACGCCGAUGAAGCCGAGUUGAGACAAGUUGCAUCAGAACCGGUGGAUCUGAACGUUUACAAUGUCAAUGACUUCCCUCUGCUCAGCAAACUGGUGGCACGACUGGUUCACAUCCUGUGUGGGAGGAUAGAGGACCGUAGCAUUGCAAAACGAAUGGAGCCUGGGCCCACAGCAGACCCAGUCCUCUCCUACCCCAGUCCUACUGAUCUCCGCUUCUCUGACCUGGGCUCCAGAGAAGUGAAGCUCCAUUGGACCAAUCCUGCUAAGCCAGUCCAGCAGUACAGAGUGGUUUACCACAGCGCAGAGGGUCAGAGUCCCCAGGAGGUGGUGCUGGUCGGCUCGGAGUCCACUGUGCUGCUGGAAGGCCUCUCCGCUCAGACGCUGUACCACGUGUCCAUCUUUCCUGUGUAUAAGGACAAUGUUGGCCCAGCACUCAGAGGAACUGUCACCACAUUGCCCUUGGCCAUGCCUGCCAACCUGGAGGUGACUCCUUCUUCUUUCAGCAUGCUGCGAGUAAACUGGGGCGCAGCACCUGGUGCGACGCAAUACAUGAUCUUGUACUCAGCACUCAACCAUGGAGAGCCUGACGACGCCAAGGAGGAGAAAUUCAGUGCAGACCAAACCAUGGUGGAGCUGACAGGUUUACUGUCAGCAACAGACUACUCCGUCACUCUGUACGCUCUUUACGAUGAGGAGCCCAGUGACCCUGUCACUGCGGUUGCCACUACGUUUCCUCUCCCACCACCAAUGAGCGUUCAGUUCCCAGUGGUCACCCACAGCAUGCUGACGGUCAGCUGGGUGCCCGGAGCUGUGGACAUCCCCGGCCACAGAAUCACCUACAGCACCAACCACGGCAGCGACGUCAAGCAGGUGGACGUAGCAGGGCCGAACUCAGUGCUGAUACAGAACCUGUCCUCUCUGUCCAGAUACCUGGUUUCAGUCCAGUCUCUCUACCCACAAGGCCUGUCUGCAGCACUCACCAGUAACAUCACCACAUUGAAGGUGCCUUCUCCAUCAGACUUCAGGGUGACUAAUUUCUCAGGCAGUGAUAUCACAGUGCGCUGGGAGGCUGCAGCUGACGAUGUUGUCUCCUACCUCAUCAAGUGGAUCUCCCUCAGUGGAGGAGACCUGAGACAGUUGAGGGUGAGUGGCGGGAGUGAAGGGGCCAUCCUGGAGGGGGUAGAGGAUGAUAAGGAGUAUCAGAUUUCUUUGUCUGCACUUUAUGGAGAUGGAGCUCAGAGUGAAGCUGUGGCUAUACGCUAUAGCACCUUGUCUGGCGGAGGCCCAUCCAGCAUAUCAGUCUCUGAGGAGACUGCGGUCAGCAUGGUGGUCAGCUGGGCACCUCCCAAUGCUCAUGUCCUCCAGUAUCGUGUGUCUUACACUGCACUGACUGGAGCUGAAGCCCAGGACAGCACUGUGUUGGUCCCAGGCAGCGAAAAGCAGGUGGUGCUCGAGUCAUUACAGCCAGAUACACGUUACAGCAUCCUGGUCACUGCCGAGUACCGCAGCAGAGAAGGAGGCAGUGGUUCAGCCCAGGGAAAAACCACCAGUCUGCGGGUUAGCAGUCUGAGUGUGGUCAGGUCAGACCACUCCACCAUCUGUGUGUCUUGGAGACCCGUGUCUGCUGUCGAUGGAUACCAUAUUGUCAUUCAGUCUGUCGAAGACAAGGACACAAAGGAAGAAACUGUCGAUGACUCCAGCAGUAGUCACUGUUUCACUGAUCUGCAACCCGAGACUCUGUAUCGUAUCACCUUUGGUCCGGCAGAGGGCGCUGCCGUCUCCAUUCUCCAUCCAACAGCCACGGCUCCAGCCAGAAUUCCAAUUCAUCCCCGGCUAUAUCCGAUUCACAAUGAAGUGUGCCCUGAGGUGACCAUCAGAAACAACAUCGUUAAAGGGUUUGACAUGAUGGAAGCAUUUGGUCUGACCCAGAAAGCUCACUCGUCCGUGGAGGGCGUGGCAGCCGAGCCUUUUGUCUUCAAUACCCUCCCCACCUACACUCUGUACAGGGACGUUCAACUGACACAGAGCACCAAGUUUAUCCACCCCGCAGGUUUCUCUCCAGAUCACACCAUCAGCACCGCUUUCCGCGUGUUGCAGGAUACACCCAGGGAGCCCUUCGCCCUCUGGCAGCUCACUGACAAUGACUUCCAGCCCAAAAUGGGAGUGGUGCUCGACCCUACAACCAAGCACCUGGUGUACUUCAGUCUGGACUACAGGGGAGAGGUGCAGGAACUGACCUUUGACCAGCCCCAGGUGCACAGACUCUUCUAUGGCAGUUUCCACAAGGUUCACUUGUUGGUCAGCCAGGUUAGUGUGUCCCUGUUCGUGGACUGCCAGCGUGUGGGUGAGAGACCUGCCCGCCCUCUAGGCAACCUACCGACCGAUGGUUUUGAGAUGCUGGGAAAGCUGGUGAACACCAGAGGACCCAAAAGUGGAUCUGCCUCGCUCCAGCUGCAGUCCUUUGAGAUCGUCUGUAACACCACGUGGGCUUCCGAGGACACCUGCUGUGACCUACCUGGAGUAAGAGAUGAGGAGAGCUGUCCUGCCCCAGCAUACACCUGUACCUGUUCCUCCGAUGUCCCUGGAGCUCCUGGUUCCCCUGGAGCAAUUGGAAAACCAGGUCCUCGUGGUGAAAAAGGCGAAAAGGGAGAGCAAGGCCAAAAGGGGGAGGUGGGUCCUCCAGGAAAGCCUGGACUUGAUGGAGGUCUUGGACCCCUGGGCAGCGUAGGCCCCCGAGGUAUAACUGUGCAGGGCAAAGUGGGUCCACCAGGUGCAAGGGGGGAAAAGGGAGAUCCUGGGCACCCAGGAGUCCAGGGUUCACCAGGCCCCCCAGGUCCAAAAGGGAAAGAAGGGAACCCAGGUCCCCAGGGUAUUAGGGGUGUCGAAGGUAACACUGGUGCACCCGGCAUCACUGGACCCAGGGGUUUCCAAGGAAUGCCAGGACAUCCAGGGUCUGCAGGGGAAAGGGGUCCCUCAGGACCUGUGGGGCCUACAGGUCUGCCAGGGAGUAAAGGGGAACGGGGAGAGAAAGGGGAACCUCAGUCUAUGGCUAUGAUUUAUCAACUAGUCACACAGGCCUGUGAGCAGCUUGUGCACAAUGAGGUGUUAAAGCUUGACAUGUUUAUUAAUGAGAUAAGUCGUAAGCCAGCUCCUAUCGAGGAGCCGGUGGGGCCCCCCGGGGAACCCGGCAUACCAGGGACUAAGGGCCCACCAGGCGCCAGGGGCACCCAGGGGCAUGUUGGUCCAAGGGGGAAACCUGGCAGGCCCGGUUAUCCAGGAGAACAGGGAAGGAGAGGUUUGCCCGGAGAGAAAGGUGAUGCAGGGACCAAUGUCCAGGGGCCCACAGGGGUCAAAGGAUUUGCAGGUCCUCCAGGUGAAUCCAAGCUGGGAGCCCCAGGUUCCAAAGGAGAAGACGGCAAGCCAGGAUCCCCAGGGAUCCACGGCCCUCCAGGACAGCCAGGAGAGGUUGGACCACCGGGUGUGUGUGACAGCAGCGGAGGCUGCCACAGAAUCCCCCAGCAAACAGAAGACCCUUAUUAUGGCUACCAACCUUGAGUGGAUUUGAACAAGCAGGCAGCAUUACUAAGGUGACUGAGGUCUGUUUGAAAAGACUGUGGUUCCUUUGGAGCCGAAUGACAGGCUGAGAAUGGAGCUUUAAAAAAGCUCCACUGAAGAGACUUGGUACGUUGAACUUGCCACUGACUGAUGCGGAAGCUUCAUGAAACAUCAAAACACUAGAAGAAGGACCUCUUUCUGUCCAAUGGUUACUCUGUUUUGUUAUGUAUAAAAAAAUCAGCAAAGAAAUAAAUUAAGAAUAAAUAGAAAGCUUUCUGAUGUAGAAUAGUGUUGUGAUGAACAGAUAUUAUCAUAAAGAAAAAUAUUUUCCUGCUGGGACUAGUAAAAUCUCAUUUUAUACACUAUUAUUCACACUGAAACUGUGUGUUACUAAUGCUAACCUUAACUGCCUCAAGGAUAAGGAAAAUGCAUAAUCCAUGGUGUAAAAGCUUUUUUUUUUGUUCCAUGGUAUAAGUGAUACUGUGAGACUGUCUGUUGUCAUGAAAAUUCAUGUUUACAUUUUCUGAUUUCCUGGGGUUUGGGUAAGACGCAUUACAUGGUGUAUGUGUUUGUUUGUGUGUGUGUGUGUGAGAGAGAGAGAGGGGGAGAGAGAA